GGACGUCAUUCAUGCCUCCAGUGUACCAUCUUAGCUAGUGAGAUGAAACUCCCAAAGAAUCAAAGAAGCCCUACAACAUCUCGUACCCUGGAACACCUUCAGAAUUGCCACAAAAUAUUCAUUGAUGAUGGGGGUGACAUAAAAAAGGCAAAGAACUACUGCAAUGUAAUCCAGAAGGCAAUUUUUUGAAAUCCCAGUUGAUCAGGUAUAACAUCUUAUCUAGAAACCUUUUUCAAGAUAAUGUAGAUUAUUCCUUUUGUAUUAUUUCACUAAUUUUGUUUUUCAUGAUAAUCUUCAGAUAUGCAUUCCUUGUCUCCACAUUAGCCUUGGACUGUUUUUGAAGUUUUUUGAUAUGCUUGUUGGGGAGAGUGAUGAGUUAGAUACAAAGAUUGCCUGGAAAUUGGCUGAAAGCAGUAGUCAGCUAGAUGGUAUGGGUGAUCUUAAUGAGCACGUCACACUUCGUAGACAACCUGGAGAACACUCAAAGGCAGCCCAAGUUUACGACGCACAAGCUCAGUCAACUGAGGAUUACGUGGUACACCUUCUGACGGUGGCCAGCAAUGUUAUAGUGUUUGACGAGGACAAUGAAAGCCCUUUGAUAGCAUCGUUACUAAACUCUGUAAAAGAAUUCAAAGAGAAGGCCGAA